AUGAGUGGGGACUCUCUGCUCCCGUAUCACACGGCCCAGAGCAGCACCGGGCUGGGCCUGUUCAAAAGCACCAUGGGGGAGCUGCAGCAGCAACUGCACAACGGCGAAUACGACAUAUUCAAGUACGCGCCGAUAUUCGAGAGCGACUUUAUCCAGAUCACGAAGAGGGGACACGUGAUUGACAUGCACAACUGUGUCUGCACGGUGACCGUGGGCAUCGCAUCCACCAGCCCCGUCCUCCCACUCCCAGACAUCAUGCUGCUGGCCCGACGGGCCACCGGCUGUGAACAGCACGCUGAGCACAGCCAGCCCACCAAGGGGAAGAGCCACAAGGUUGCCAAGACCUUAGAGCUCACCAGGCUCCUUCCCUUGAAGUUUGUGAGGAUCUCCACGCACGACCGUGAGAAACGACAGCUGCGCGUGAAGUUUGCCACUGGCCGCUCCUUCUACCUGCAGCUGUGUGCCCCUCUGGACGCGCAGGAAGACCUCUUCGCCUACUGGGAAGAGCUGAUUUACCUCCUGCGACCACCAUUGGACGGUCACAGCCGCACCUACGCUGUUCCAGCCAGGGACAUGAUCUGCAGGACUCUGUUCGAGGAGGAGGAGGAGGACGGGAGGAGCCCGGCAGUGGAGGAUUUCCAAGGAGAGUGGGAUGAGGACCAGGUGAGCAUCAGGAGCCUCCACACGCCCUCUGAGGUGGCCGCGGUCGGGUCUGCAGCUUUUGCUGGCGGGGAGGGGAUCCAACUGGACUCCCACAAGCCCGAUACCAUGUCCGAUGUGGCCACUGCCAAAGCAAAACCUACAGUGCUUGACAAAGAGUCAGCAUCGCGGGCAACGACAAAGGUGGAGACAGCAGGGGUGGCAGGCGGCACCACAGCGGGUGCUUUGAGCGUGGCAGAGAUCAAGUCUCCUGCCCCAGAAGAGCAGAGCACGGCCAUAGCAGCCACAGCCAGCAAGGGUCCAGGAGCAAGUAAAACCAACACAGCCACUGGGGGCACUGCGGGGAACAAGACCAUCCAAAAAGCAGCCGGCCCGGGCUCAGGCAGCCGGAGAGCCACUAGAGACGACCAAAAGGAGAAAGGCCACGGCAGCCCGGGGGACAACAAGCAGGGCACUGCUCACAAAGCCAUCAGCCGUGCUCCCAUCACCAACGAGUCCAGGACCUCGCACAAAUCGGGCAGGAGCUUACCUACAGCAAGUUCAGGUUCCAUCACCAAGAGACUCAGCAGGAUCGGCUCUUUCUUCAGGAAUGUCAGAGCCAAGCUUACGACAAAGACAGUGGCCUCCUCACGCGAGGAAUAUGUGAGCAUCCCGCCGAAGGCAGUGGAAGGGACCCGAAUGGAGGCCAUCACAGAGACAGCAGAGAGUGGCCAGGGCCUGGAAAUCACUGGUGGUGUGACAUCUGAGACC